GCCCCACACCAGGUCUGGCAUUGACCCCAAACUGGUCUCUGAAUGGGACUGCUCAGUCUAUGGAAGGCACCCUACUUUUACAGCCCGGGCCAGAAAAGUCGGUGCUUGGGUUUAUUGAGGUCUUUCAGGAGGACCUGAUAAAGGAGCGGAUGUAGUAGUAACAAUGGUGAUGUCGUGGGCCCUGUCUUCCUGGGGUCUUGUUCUGUUCAUCUGUGUACUUGCGUGUGAGUCCCAGCAACCACCGAUCAUACCAGCGGACUGUAACCGAAAGGAGCAUCCGGUUGUGUCCAGUCAAGCCCUGAGGACAUGGAUGAAGGAGUUCUCCCACCCAGGAGUGAAGGAUUUCUCUCAGCUGGCUCUGGACCUGAGCAGAAAGCAGCUUAUUGUGGGAGCAAGAAACUUCAUAUUCCGCCUAAGUUUGAGCAAUGCCUCCUUAAUUCAGGCAUUAGAAUGGACACCAGAUGAAGACACAAUGCAUUCUUGUCAGAGCAAGGGCAAGUCAAAGGAGGAGUGUCAGAAUUACAUCAGGGUUUUAUUGAUCAGUGGGAGCACGCUCAUCACAUGCGGAACCAACGCUUUUACACCCGUCUGUGUGACCAGGCAGAUUGGUAACAUAAGUCAGGUGUUGGACACAGUGAACGGUGUGGCGCGAUGUCCCUACGACCCCCGCCACAACUCGACAGCUAUGGUCACGGAGAAGGGCGAGUUGUAUGCCGCCACGGUUAUUGACUUCUCCGGACGCGACCCUGUCAUCUACAGGAGCCUGGGGACCAUGCCGCCAUUGCGCUCGGCCCAAUACAACUCCAAAUGGCUCAAUGAGCCUCAGUUUGUGUCUGUUUAUGAGACUGGUCGAUUCGCCUACUUCUUCUUGAGGGAAACAGCUGUUGAAAACGACUGCGGAAAGAUGGUGUUCUCUCGGGUAGCCCGGGUGUGUAAAAACGACCUGGGUGGUCGUUUCCUUUUGGAAGACACCUGGACUACCUUUAUGAAGGCACGACUCAACUGCUCCCGCUCGGGAGAAAUCCCAUUUUAUUAUAACGAACUGCAGAGCACCUUCUUCUUGCCUGAGCAAGACCUGAUCUAUGGCAUCUUCACUUCUAAUGUGAACAGCAUGUCAGCCUCUGCGGUUUGCGCCUUCAACCUGACAGCUAUCACUCAGGCCUUCAAUGGACCUUUCCGUUACCAGGAGAACCCCCGCACAGCCUGGCUCUCCACUCCAAAUCCCAUACUCAAUUUUCAGUGCGGCACGCUGGACGAAGCAGGCGCUGGUGGGAAUCUGACCGAGCGCAACCUCCAGGACGCUCAGCGACUCUUCCUGAUGCACGAUGUGGUGCAGCCGUUGACGGUCAAUCCACUUCUCACCCAGGACAACAUGCGCUUCUCUAAGCUGGUGGUGGACACCGUGCAGGGUCGCGAUGCUAUUUACCACAUCAUGUACAUCGGUACUGAAUAUGGAACCAUCUUGAAGAUUCUCUCCACAACUAAUACAAAUCUUCAUGGCUGCUAUUUGGAGGAGCUCAGGAUCCUUCCUGAUGGACAAACUGGUUCAAUCAAGAGCCUUCAGAUCCUUCACAGUGACAGAUCUUUAUUUGUGGGGCUUGAUGAUAAACUGCUGAAGAUCCCUUUAGGGCGAUGCUCUAGUCAUCCAACGGAACGACGCUGUUUGGAAGCACGGGACCCUUAUUGUGGCUGGGAUCACAAACUGGAGCGUUGCACAACCAUCGAAGAGAGCUCCAACAUGAACCAGUGGACCCAGAACAUCACCCAGUGCCCAAUAAGGAACCUGACGCAGGAUGGCGCAUUUGGCCCGUGGGCACCGUGGCAACCCUGCAACCACAAUGAGGGUGAGGGUUCUAUCAGCAGCUGCAUUUGCCGGUCCCGUUCAUGUGACGGACCUGUGGCUCGAUGCGGUGGGCUUGACUGUAAGGGCCCAACCAUUCAGGUGGCUAACUGCUCCAGGAAUGGCGGCUGGACUCCCUGGUCGUCGUGGGGCCAUUGUAGCAGUACUUGCGGCGUCGGUUUUGAAGUGAGGCAACGGUCCUGCAACAAUCCCUCGCCGCGUCACGGCGGUCGAAUCUGUGUCGGCCAAGGUCGAGAGGAACGAUUGUGCAAUGAGAAGAAAACAUGCCCGUUGCCAGUGCUUUGGACUGCAUGGGCACCCUGGGCUCACUGCAGCGCUGAAUGUGGAGGAGGGGUCCAUGCCAGGACCAGAACCUGUGAGAAUGGAAACACCUGCCAAGGAUGUUCCAUGGAAUACAAGACCUGUAAUCUGGAGACCUGCCCAGAGGUGCGCCGGAACACCCCCUGGACCCCCUGGAUUCCAGUCAAUGUCAGCCGAGAUGGAUCCCGCCAUGAGCAGAGAUACAGAUACACGUGCAGGGCAUUGCUAACAGACCUCCAGCUCCUUCAGAUGGGCAAAAAGAAGAUAGAGACCAGAUUUUGUCCAAAUGAUGGUUCUGGAGCAUGCCAGACUGACUCUCUAGUUGAUGACUUGGUCAAGUCCAGUGGUCGAACUGUGUCACAGCCCCAAGAUGCACACUGGGAGUCUUGGGAGACGUGGUCCAGCUGCUCCCAGCGAUGUUCCAGAGGCUUUCGAACCCGAAGACGUGGUUGCUCAACAGUAAAAGGCAGGAUCAAUCCAGGUGCCUGUGUGGGAACCCCAGUGGAAUAUCAAGAUUGCAACUUGCAACCAUGCUUAGUGGGAGGCGUCUGGUCUUGUUGGUCUUCCUGGUCCCAAUGCUCUGUGAGCUGCGGCGGAGGCCACUUUCAGCGGACAAGGUCAUGUGACAACCCGCCCCCUGCCAAUGGAGGGGACAUCUGUAUUGGUCUACACACUGAAGAGGCACUCUGUAACACACACACCUGUGAAGGCUGGGGUGUGUGGUCAGAAUGGGGGAGCUGCAAUGAGGAGGGUCUGCAGCUUCGCUCUCGUCACUGCGGGGAGAACCAGGAGGCUAAUGUGUGCUGGGGUAACGCCACCCAGGCCAGACCGUGCCAGGUGCACGAGGUGGAAGUCAUUUUACCUGGACAGGAGGACGGCAGCUGUGAAACGUUCACCUUAUUCCAGUUGGUCGCCGUGGGCAUAGCCAGUUUUUUCGCCGCUGCUCUCUUGUCGGCACUGGCCUUCGCUUACUGUCACCAUCUAAAUCGGCCCUCGGCGGACUCAUCAGUCCUCCACCCCACCAGCACGCACAACCACCUUAACUACAACAAACGGGGCAAUGCCAUGCCAAAGAAUGAGAAGUACAUUCCCAUGGAGGUUGUGAGGCUACAUAAGAACAAUCUUCGCAUGAAUGACGACGCAAGCAACCACUUCCCGUCCUCCGUCGCUUCCAGCAACAUGUUCGCUACCACCUACUUCCCUCCCAACCUGAGCAAGUAUGACUUCCCCUCGGAAGCACCGUGCAGGGCCUACAUGCACAGCUAACAUCACAUCUGCUGCGUUAAAAAAAAAAAAAAAAAAAGUGAAACGGGAGUGCGAGUCAAAUUGUAUCACCAAAACCCCCCCUGGUGCUCAUGGACACCAAAUCACCUUAAAUUGUUUUACACUACAGCAUUUACCUACAUCUUAACAAACAGGCCUUGCAUAUGUUUCAUAUUUUAUUUCCCCAAAAAAAGAGAGAAAUGUAUGCUACACUUUAUCAGAUGGGACGAUGUUCUUUUGACUGUGUUUGACACUUGCAGUAAAGAUGACUAAGGACACAAAUCAAUGAAUGAAUGCAGAAUUUUGUAUCAUCAAAGACAUUAACCAGACUCUCCAGGAUCUUGUGACGUUGCAAUCGGGGCCAAUUUAUGCAAAUUAUUCGCAGCCAUUUUACUUUUAUCGAAGCUUCCAAGCACAUUUUAGCCAGUCAUUUUCAUUUUUGCCACUUCACUGUCUGACCUCCAAAAUAAAAUGCCACCAGAUUGAACAUGUAACAGGCCCCGGACGUGACAUUUACUGUCUGAUCCUGUAAAUCACAGGCGUCAAACUAAAGGCCCGGGGGCCACAUCUGGCAGGCCACUUCAUUCUAUGUGGCCCACAAAACUACCAUGAAUUGAUUUACGUGGACCCCGACUUAAACAAGUUGAAAAACGUAUUCGGGUGUUACCAUUUAGUGGUCAAUUGUACGGAAUAUGUACUGAACUGCGCAAUCUACUAAUAAAAGUGUCAAUCAUUCAAUCAAAGAAUUGGUAUAAAGUGACGUGUCAGACAUAAGUCAUUUUGGCAAUUUUGUAAAAAGUGUUUCAAUUUUUAAAGUCAAAAUGUUACCGCAUGCAACUGCAGUUCUUCAUAACUUAAAAUGAGUUUGACAUAAAAAUAAGGCAAACAACAGUUACUUUUUUCUUCUAGUUUCUGUCUGAUUGAAGCCUAAAACAGAAUGCCUGCUUCGCCAACUGACUCACUGGCAUGUGAAUGCCCCCUAGUGGUAAAAUGGAGAUACAACUUCAAACAUACAUUUUCAUAAACAUUUUUAUCAAAACGAUGGGUAAAAAAAAUUGUUUUUAAUCACGAGCCGAUGCAAUAUUAUUGAAAAAAAAAUCCUCAGAUUUCAUAACCUUUUAAAAAAGGUGCUGUAAAAGCAAGCACUUUUAACUGCAACAAUCACAAAAAAGGCCUGCAAAUUCCUGGAGGGACUGAUUAGCUGUCUAAUUGUUGGCAAAACAAUACUGAACACCACUGAAUGGCCUGAUGAUGAUGUAUUGUACUUUGUAUAAAAUCAUGCAGAAAUGGCAUACCUGUGGUUGAUGAAGUUUCUCAAGAUCAAUUUUCAAGUCGAGCGGACGCUUGAUCCCACUUUCAGCCAUCAUAACUACUGAUAUGUUUCCAGGAGAUUGUAACGUGAUGUGGAAGUCUGUCUGUGGAGAGAGAGAACUUGUUCAACAACCUGCCUUUUGAACACUGUGAACAAUUGAUAUAUUUUUCUAUCAUGUACUAUUAAAGAA